AAUUCUGUUUAAUUCUUCGAACGUUAACGUUUCUCAUCUUCACGCUUAAUCGGAAGCAAAGAUGGAAAACUUCACAGAAGAAAACCUCCAUCCUUGGAUUACUACAACAACACGGGUCUACAACAACGUCACAAUAUUUCCUCAAUACGAUGACGAAUUGGGUAAAUUUGAAAUUAUGGUCCUGUGUAUUCUAUGCUUCAUGGCUCUGUUCGGAAAUGCAGUCGUAUUAAUCGUACUACGCAUCAAAAAAACAACUCUCACUCGAAUGCAGCUUUUGAUCGUGUAUUUGAGCGUUACUGACAUUUCUGUAGCUCUCUUCCAUAUUCUACCGACUAUUAUUCUCAAAAUCAACGUCUAUUUCCUCGGAGACAUAUCUGCCUGCCGAGUAUAUCAGUUUAUCACUGUCGCCGAACUUUACGCUUCUUCAUUCGUACUCAUUGUCACCGCCUUGGAUCGUUACAUCUCUAUAUGUCAUCCACUUGCUGCUCACAUGUGGACCAAUCGACGAGUUCAUAUGACCACGGCUUUGGCUUUGUUUUUGGCCCUGAUGUGUUCAUUGCCACAACUGGAUGCAGUACUUGUUGAUUUCCAUGGUGGAAAAUUAUGCCGACCCAACCUCACCACAGAACUUGCAAACAUCGCCUACAGCUGGUGGGCUUUCUGUUCCGUCUUCUUUGUUCCUUUGCUUCUCUUGAUCUUCUUCUAUGGUAGAAUAUGCUUCGUUGUGUGGCAGAGCAUGCGCGGUCGUGAAUGCACGCAGUCAGUCGGUAGCUCGGCAUCAAGAUACGUACGCAAGCCGAUCAAAUGCCGGAUCUCCUCCCAAACAUCGUCGGAAAACCGAGUGAAGAAUUACUCGGACGCAAGGGACAAAGAUUCAUCGCGCAACCCGCGAGCUAUCUGUCGUGGUGUUUCCAAAUCAAAGAUCAAAACCAUCAAACUGACUUUUUCUGUCGUGGCAUGUUUUAUUAUAUGCUAUACGCCGUUUUUUACUGUUCUCAUGGCUCGAACUUACGAUGCAGAGUUGAGCUCAGCUCAAAGUAAGUAA